AUGCAUCUGUACAAUCUGACUCUCCAACCGGCAACGGCCAUUACACAAGCGAUCGUUGGCAACUUUUCGGGCGCUCGACAGCAAGAAAUCAUCGUAUCUCAUGGAACACGACUAGAGCUCUUGCGGCCAGACGCACAGACGGGGAAAGUCGCGACGGUGAUUGCAACGGACGUGUUUGGCUCAAUUCGCUCGCUCGCUGCUUUCCGCUUGACCGGUGGGACGAAGGACUACGCAAUCGUAGGCUCAGACUCGGGUCGCAUUAUCAUCCUCGAUUAUGACCCAAAAACGAGCAGUUUCGUCAAGCUGCACCAAGAAACGUUCGGAAAGUCUGGCGCGCGACGUAUCGUUCCUGGGCAAUAUUUGGCGACGGACCCGAAGGGGAGGAGUGUGAUGAUUGCAGCGAUGGAAAAGGCGAAGCUGGUCUACAUUUUGAACCGUGACGCUGCCGCCAACCUUACCAUAUCGUCGCCGUUGGAAGCACACAAAAAUGCUGCGAUCAUCCACCAUAUUGUUGGAUUGGACGUGGGGUUCGAAAAUCCCAUGUUCGCUGCGUUGGAGGUGGAUUACACAGAGUCAGACCAGGACCCCACUGGAGAGGCCUUCAACAACGCAGAAAAGAUGUUGACCUACUACGAACUUGACCUCGGCCUAAAUCACGUCGUACGCAAGUGGAGUGAACCUACAGAUCCACGAGCGAAUCUACUCGUCCAAGUCCCGGGUGGUCAACACGCUUCUUCUAAUCAGUUUGACGGACCGUCAGGUGUGCUUGUAUGCUGCGAGGACCACAUCAUUUACCGGCAUAUGGAUGCACCCCAACAUCGAGUGCCAAUUCCCCGACGAAACCAUCCCUUAGAAGACACAGACCGUGGCUUGAUCAUCACUGCUGCCGUCAUGCACAAAAUGAAGGGGGCUUUCUUCUUCCUUCUGCAAAGCGAAGACGGGGAUCUCUUCAAGGUUACGAUUGAACAUGAAGAGGAGGAGGUCAAGUCGUUAAGAAUCAAGUAUUUUGAUACUGUACCUGUCGCGUCCAGUCUAUGCAUUCUCAAGUCUGGUUUCCUCUUUGUCGCGAGCGAGUUUGGAAAUCACUUCCUUUAUCAAUUCCAAAAAUUGGGAGACGAUGAUAACGAGCCUGAAUUUUCCUCGAUGUCGUAUCCUCAAUUUGGUAUGGCUAACCCCUCUUCUCCGUUACCUCGUGCAUUCUUCCGACCUCGCCCACUCGAGAAUUUGGUUAUUGCUGACGAGCUGGAGUCUCUGGAUCCCAUCCUCGACUCCAAGGUUCUCAAUCUCCUUCCCAACUCUGACACGCCACAGAUCUUUACUGCUUGUGGACGAGGCCCUCGCAGCACUUUCCGAAUACUCCGCCAUGGUCUUGAAGUAGAAGAGUCUGUGAGCUCUGAUCUGCCUGGCAUCCCAAAUGCCGUUUGGACGACGAAGAGGACAGAGGACGACCCGUUCGACUCAUACAUAGUUCUUUCUUUUGUUAACGGAACUCUCGUGCUCUCGAUUGGCGAGACGAUCGAAGAAGUGCAAGACACUGGAUUCCUGUCAGCUGCCCCUACACUAGCUGUACAGCAAAUCGGCGCUGAUGCCCUUCUCCAAGUUCAUCCUCAUGGUAUCCGGCAUGUUCUCGCAGACCGACGGGUCAAUGAGUGGAGGGUGCCUCAAGGACGUACGAUCGUCUGUGCUACGACGAACAAGCGGCAGGUCGUGGUGGCUCUUAGCUCCGCUGAGCUGGUGUACUUCGAGUUGGACCUCGAUGGGCAGCUGAAUGAGUAUCAGGAUCGGAAGGCUAUGGGAAGCACGGUACUGGCGCUGAGUAUUGCCGAAGUUCCGGAAGGGCGUCAGAGGACACCCUAUCUCGCUGUCGGCUGCGAGGACCAAACUGUCCGCAUCAUCUCCCUCGAUCCAGAGACAACGCUUGAGACGAUUAGUUUACAAGCCUUGACGGCACCACCCUCCUCCAUAUGCAUUGCGGACAUGCUUGACGCAAGUAUCAACAAGGCUGCUCCAACGAUGUUCGUCAACAUAGGCCUGCAAAAUGGUGUUCUUCUCCGAACCGUCCUGGACCCUAUCAACGGCCAAUUGACUGAUACUCGAACUCGGUUCUUGGGAACACGGCCUGUGAAACUCAUCCGAGUGCAGAUCCAGAAGAACCCUGCUAUCCUUGCGCUAUCAUCACGGUCAUGGCUCAAUUAUACAUAUCAGAACCUCAUGCAUUUCACGCCUCUCAUCUACGAUAACCUCGACUACGCGUGGAGCUUUUCUGCCGAGUUGAGUCCUGAGGGAUUAAUCGGAAUUGCUGGCAGCGUUCUCCGGAUCUUCCAGGUACCAAAAUUGGGCAUGAAGCUGAAGCAAGACUCAAUGCCCCUAUCUUACACGCCUCGAAAAUUUAUCACCCACCCUCACAAUAGCUACUUCUACAUGAUAGAAGGCGACCACAGGGUCAUGGGUGACGAGGCUGCAGAGAAGAAGCUCCAGGAACUUCGCCGACAAGGCAAGAAAGUUGAUCAAGAAGUCGUGGACCUCCCACCAGACGUCUUCGGAAGACCAAAAGCUGCUGCAGGUACCUGGGGCUCGUGCAUUCGCAUCAUCGACCCUGUAGAAAGCAAGACCGUCAAUGUUAUACACCUGGAUGCUAACGAGGCUGCAUUUUCGCUCGCUGUCGUCCCGUUUUCCGCCCGGAACGGCGAGCUGCAUCUUGUCGUUGGAACCGCGGCUGAUACGUUGAUCUCUCCUCGCUCAUGUUCAAGCGGUUUCUUGAGGACGUAUACUUUUAAGGAUGACGGAGCAGGCUUGGAAUUGCUGCAUAAGACGGAGGUGGACGAUGUUCCACUGGCAUUGCUUGCUUUCCAAGGGCGGCUUGCUGCGGGCGUUGGCAAGGCUCUGAGAAUAUACGACAUCGGGAAAAAGAAGCUUCUCCGUAAAGUUGAGAAUAAGUCCUUUACGUCCGCCAUUGUCUCUCUUGCCACCCAAGGGUCAAGAAUAAUCGUAGGAGACAUGCAAGAGUCUGUCCAAUUCACUGUCUACAAGCCACCUGAGAACAGACUGUUGACUUUCGCGGACGACUCACAACCACGCUGGGUUACUGCAAUGACUAUGGUGGAUUACAAUACGGUGGCAGCAGGCGAUCGUUUCGGUAACAUCUUCGUCAAUCGUUUGGAUGCCAAGGUCUCCGACCAGAUCGACGACGAUCCAACUGGCGCUGGUAUCCUGCACGAAAAGAAUAUCCUCAUGGGCGCUCCGCACAAGACAAAAAUGUUGACCCACUUCCAUAUUGGCGAUAUGGUCACCUCCAUCCACAAGGUGUCGCUCGUUGCUGGUGGGCGUGAGGUGCUGCUGUACACAGGGUUGCAUGGCACUGUCGGGGUGCUGGUCCCCUUCGUUUCGAAGGAAGAUGUCGACUUUAUCUCGACCCUCGAGCAGCAUAUGCGCACUGAACAACCAAGUCUAGUCGGAAGAGAUCAGCUAAGUUGGAGAGGGUACUAUGUGCCGGUGAAGGCGGUGGUUGAUGGUGACCUGUGUGAGACGUAUGCAAGACUACCCGGAACGAAACAGCAAACAAUUGCUGUUGAGUUGGAUAGGACCGUUGGCGAGGUGCUGAAAAAGCUAGAACAGUUGAGGGUAACAGCGAGUGGCUUCUAA